AUGGUGGAUGGAUGUGGCCAUGGCAAAAGCCAUAAUGGAUGGAAGAUCAAACAAGAGAUCAAACAAGGGAUCAAACAAGAGAUCAAACAAGAGAUCAAGCAAGAGAUCAAACAAGAGAUCAAGCAAGAGAUCAAACAAGAGAUCAAGCAAGAGAUCAAACAAGAGAUCAAAUCGACGUGUGAAUGGAUACGUGGAUGGAUGAAUAGGUAA